AUGUGGUCCGGCGUAGAUCCAGCAGAGGCCGCCAAGAUAGCUGCACGUGCGAGACUGGCUGCUUGCACCUUUCGUGCCGUCGUCGGUGUGGAGGAGAACCCCGGAGGCUAUCGGCAACUGGCUGAAUGGUGGCACCAACGUGGAAGCAAGCUCUUGCCAGAGGUGCAACCUACUCUGGAAGAGGAGGAGGAGGAGGAGGAUCAGACUGAUGCUGAUGAUGCAGGUUGCGAUUGUGCAGACGAGCAUGAAGCUGAAUGUCAGAAUGUGAGGCUGCCAGUGACGGUUCUCAGCGGCUUCCUCGGGGCUGGCAAGACCAGCUUGUUGACGCAUGUCCUUCACAAUCAAGAAGGCUUACGGGUGGCCGUGAUCGUGAACGACAUGGCCGAGGUCAACAUCGAUGCCAUGCUUGUCAAAUCCGAACAAGUGCUCAAUGUGCAAGACAAGAUGGUCGAGAUGCAAAAUGGCUGCAUCUGUUGCACUUUGCGUGACGACCUCAUCCAACAUGUCACCCAGAUUGCAGCAGAGAAAAAGUACGACUACCUGUUGAUCGAAAGCACUGGCAUUUCUGAGCCGAUGCCAGUGGCAGCCACCUUCGUGACUGACAUUGAAGGCCAGGCGAUGCUGGGCAGAGUCGCACGGCUUGACACCCUGGUGACCGUUGUAGAUGGCAAGACCUUCUGGGAGACUUACAGGACCACCGAGCUGCUGGUGGACCGGAAGGAGUUGGGAGCUGAGACUGGCGACCAGCGGAACAUCGCUUCUCUUCUUGCAGAUCAGAUUGAGUGUGCGAAUGUCAUUGUUCUGAACAAAGUGGACUUGCUGAAGGAGGACGAGAUUGUAACUCUCGAAGCCGUGCUCCGGAAAAUGAACCAGACGGCAGAAAUCGUGAGAUCCAGCUGGGGCAAGAUUGAUCUGACAAGAGUUCUGAACACUCGCAAGUUUGACUUCGGUGAGCUUCAGAAAAUGCCCGGUUGGAUACAGGAGCUGCGUGGAAACCAUGUGCCCGAGACUGAGGAGUACAACAUCUCCAGUUUGGUUUUCCGUUCCUCAAAGCCCUUCCAUCCACAUCGCUUGGACAAGGUGUUGAGAGAGGGCUUUGAUGAUUUGCUGCGCUCGAAAGGCUUGCUCUGGGUCGCAGGAAGUAAUGCCGCUAUGGUUUGGGCGCAAGCUGGGGGUGCAGUAGACCUUCAAUCUGGCAACUGGCUGCAUGGAAACGUGGAUCCCAGUGAGUGGCCGGCGCACCUCGAGCAGUACAAGGCCAACCGCCACGGAGACAAACGGGUAGAGUUGGUCUUCAUUGCACAGAACCUCAACAAGGCAGAUCUGACGAAGCGCCUCGAAGAUGCCCUGGUGACGGAGGAAGAGUAUCAGCUAGGGGAAGAAGGCCACAAGUGCUGGGUCGUCAUGUACUGGAGGGGUGAUUUCGAUAAUUUCACAAACCUUGGCAAUGUGCUAAAUUUCUUGGUCCAGGGCUUCUUGCUUUCCAUGAUUGGCGAGGAGCAGCUCAUCAUGUACCCCUUCGCAGGGCAGAUGCACCUUUGCGACUUUGGAGCUUCUGUCAAGGCAUGCCCCGAUGCCGCCAAUUGCGUGGGCCCUUCUGGCACUGUUUACACCCCGGCGCGGCUCUAUUCCUUUCCGAUCUGGAGCACCCGGGUCUUUGUUCGAGACAGCAUGAAGGCGGUCUUCCCAGAGUAUGCCGAGAAGAUCGAUGAGCACGUCGAUCCCGGAGAGUACGGCUUGGAGAACUACACUUGUCGUCUCGCAUGCAUCUUUAUCUUCAUGUUGGCCGUCGUAGAGGACCUGAACGACACCUUUCAGCUCGCAAGGACGCUCUGGAAAGUGCCAACUUGUGCAGACAGUUGGGUCUCGUACUCCGUUCCAAAGUGGGCGAGCAAAGAGGACGUGAAGAGGGUCAAGGGAUGGACCGAGCUUGACCUUGUGAAGUUUCAGGUGGCUGGGAUUCCGAUCCACUGGAAGGUGCUGAACUUGUUCUUCAUCCUUCUCCCGAAGUUUGCGCUGUGGCUCGCAUUGUCCAAGUCUGGUGUCCACUACUUGAUGGAGACCGCUGGUAUCGUGGACUUGAUUGUGAACUCCCUCGCAUUAGCCUUUGUGCUCGAUGUGGAUGAGAUGGUCUUUCAUCGUUUUUCGUCGACCCUGACGAAGCACAUCAUUUCGAACAUUGAGGACCUCCCGAACUUCGACACAGAGCCAACAGAGAAAGAGACCGAUGCCCAGGCCCUGCAGCGCUACAUCUCGCAGGAGCUCGGAUGGAACCGCUGCCGGAAGCUUCUUCUUUGCGUACCGCUCCGGUUUGUGUGGGUGCUUCUGCUACAGGCAUUGUUCAUGUGGGAGUACUACAGGGCGAACUGCCAGCUGCUGCCGGAUGGCAGCUAUGUCUCCAACGACUUGAAGUUGCCCCAGGACCUGGUCUACCGCCCCCUUGCGCUUAUGUUUGGCCUUCUGCCGGAAAGCACUUCGGAUCCGGUUUGGUCGAUGCCCAACAUAUCAUCUGCCGACGGGUCAGGGUGA